AUGCAAGAUGUAGAGAAAAAAUGUGACUCCAGCACCACCAAGCCAGGAACCAGGGAGGUGGCCAAGACUGACCCCAGGACUGUGCAAGAUCUCACCUCAGUGGUGCAGACACUCCUGCAACAGAUGCAAGGUAAAUGGCAGACCAUGUCCAGCCAGAUCACUGGAAGAAUUGAGGACAUGAGCAGUCGCAUUGAUGACCCGGAGAAAAACAUCGCAGACCUCAUGAUACAAGCUGGGGUGGAAGAGCUGGAUGGUGAAGACAAGGUCCCUGCCACACAGAAGAGUUGA